AUGGAUGAAGACAUGGACUUCGACUCGGGCCCACAGCCGUUGCAGCACUCAAUUCCCGUCCAAGUACCUUCCGAUGGCCACAAAAUGCUGGAUCUCGUAUUCAUUCAGGAUUGCACAGGUAGCCAAGGCAGCUACAUAACCUCUGCAACGAAAAAUAUCGAGCAGAUUUGCGCAAGCAUCUUCGAAUCGGGAAAGCUACAAAGUCCAGAGGACCUGCGUAUUGGGUUAAUCGCCUUCCGGGACCAUCCACCGCAAGAUCACACAUAUAUCACCAAGAACUUUGGAUUUUCGUCAGAUAUCGCGAAGGUCAAGAAGGACUUGUCGUCGCUGUACGCAUCAGGAGGAGGAGAUGGUCCAGAAGCUGUCACUGCUGCGCUAGGCGAGCUGAUGAAUCUAGACUGGCGGCCCCAGGCUAGCAAGAUGGUGGUGUUGAUUGCGGAUGCACCACCUCAUGGCAUUGGCGAAUACGGCGAUGGAUUCGAUGACGGCUCACCAGACGGAAAGGAUCCUCUGCAAAUUGUCCGCCUUUUGGCUUCUCGGGGCAUUACGCUCCACUUCGUCGCCUGUGAACCUGCAUUGAGCGGUUAUUCAUAUGCAACCGAUUUCUAUAAAGCCAUCACAUCCAUUACGUCUGGCCUCAUGCUGCCGCUCACCACCGCAGAUCUCCUCUCGCAUGCCAUCGUCGGGAGUGUCCUAGAAAACCUGGACAUGGAGCGCCUCGUUCGAGAGGUUGGGCACGCCGUCGCGCAGCGCAUCCUCGGAAACAACGAGAGCGUAGACGAAGUGGCUCGUGAACUCCACGAAAAGCUUCUGUUGCGAAAUGAAAGCACCAAGAAGGUCGUCAUCGAGACAAUUUACAAGGAAUCGGAAGAAUCGGCGCACAAUGUCGCAGUCUUCAUGGAAGCUCCGUCUUUGGCGUUGGCCAGGCCUUUAUUGAAGAGGGUACACGGUACUCGAUUCACCGACAAAUACCUGCAAGCACGGCAGUCAUACUCACGUCCAAGCUACACAAGCUAUACUAAAUCACGGCCAACGCCUGCCAUCCCAGCCUCCCCACCCAGCUCGCCGCCACGCAAGGUUGUUACCGACUUUGCUGCGUUCGGAGCGCCAAAGAACGCCAGUGUCUUCGGGACCAAGGUAGCUCCGUCACCAUUCUCGCUGGCGGGAGGGAAAGCGGCAUUUGGUGGUCUACGCAGUCCUAGCGGAACAACUACGUUCGGCGGGGACGAUGAUGACGAUGACGACGACGAUACUAGGCAGAAGGUCGAACUACGUGAAGGCUCCAUUUCCCUUGACCAGGCCAGACGAAUUGCUAUGCAGAGCGCAUGGCGCAACACAGGCGGUUAG